CGGAUUCCCGCUCCGGGCUCCUCUCCGGAUUCCCGCUCCGGAUUCCUCUCCGGAUUCCCGCUCCGGGCUCCGUAUUGCGCGUCGUGGCGAGGGGGAGGAGCGAGAGGAGUUUGCUGUGGGUUGGACUUGCCCACUUGCCCGCCCGGCCGCGGAAACAAAAUGUGCUUGCAGCAGCAGCAACUAAAAUAAACUAAAAUAGCAACUCUCAACUAUUUAUAUUGUUACCAGGUAACGGGCUGCAGCUACGUCGCUUUUAUUUUCCUUCAUGGGCGACCUUUGCCAUCACAAACGACAGCUCACACGAAGUGGCUGAUGCCGUCAUCGUCGUCAUCGUCAUCAUCGUCUUCGUCAUCGUCGUCAUCGUCGCGUGGACAUUUGAAGCAAUUGGCGGGACCCCGGGUUCCCAUCACGGCCCCGUGGUGUGAACCCCCGCGUAGCGACAGGAGUCUCGUUGCCUUACCGACGACAAAACCAGCGUCGAUCGAUUGGCCUCGUCGGGAGCUACUCGGGGCACGAAGCCUCGUCAAAAGUAGAAACUUCACACGAACUCGGCAAAUUCACCGCCUGGUGGGGGGGCGGGCGGCUCGCCUCGCCAAAGAAGCCGAGGAUCGCCGGCCGACCGGAGGGCGUCGCCGCCGCCGCCGCCGCCACCGCCCGCGACCGCGGCGGACGCCCCCCGGGGCUCGCGUUUGUCCGGCGGGGUGGCGCCCGUCGUGCCGAUCGCCACCCGCCGGCGCUGCCGGCGUGAGUCUGGGCGGGCGGCGCGUUACUGUCGGGGUCGCGAGUGGGCGGACUGAACAACAACAACAAUUAUUAUUAUUGUUGACCUGAUUUUUGCAGGACCCUGGGGUCCCGCCAAAUGAUUCAUUUGUAGCAGGAGACAAAUGCGUCUAAGCGCGUGGCCACGUCGACCCUAAAUUCGGAGGGGAAAAUCCGACGCCACGGGGAGAGAGAGAGAGAGAGAGACAGGCAUCUUCAGGGUCGGGAUCGAGCGUACCACCUCCUGCAUACCCGGCGAGAGAUGUAACAUUCCCUUGCCACGACGGCGCCCCUUAGCAGCAGCUGCAGGAGUUGCAGCAACAGUUGCAGCAGCAACAGCUGCAGCAGUUGCAGCAGCAGUAGCAGCAACAGUUUCAGGAAAAUUUGCAGCAGCAGCAGCAGCAGUAAGAGUUGCACGAUGGACGUGGACGUGUGUGGAGAGGGCGGGAGGCUCCACACCGCGGUCACCGGCGGCGACGAGCAGUCGGCGGCCGCCCGUCGCCACGGCGACGGGACCGUUGCCGGGGGCGACCGUCGCCGGCUGAGCUGCAGCGCCGACAGCUUCCCCCGCUCGACGCAGCGGCGGCGCUGGCCGUCGCGCGACGCCGGACCCCCCGCCGGGGCCGCCGCUCGCCCCCUCAAGAGGCGCUCGCCGACCAAGGAGGCGGAGGCCGGGGGGCGGCCGCGGCCCAACAGCGGCGUGCACAGCGACUACGCGCUGCGCGUGGCGCGUGAGAGCCACAGGCAGCAGCAGCAGCGGCGGUGGGCACUGUGGAGCUCCUGUCCCAACCUGGAGACCGCCGCCACCGCCACUGCCGCCACCACCACCGCCACCACCGCCGCCACCACCGCCGCCACCCGCCGCCACCGCCGCCACCACCACCGCCACCACCGCCGCCACCGCCGCCUGGUCUUCUUCUCCUCCGGGGUCUUCGUCCGCCUUCCCCGCACCUCCCUUCUUCUCCGCGUCUCCGCUUUCUCCGUUCUCUCCGCCGUGCCUCCCGGCCCCCUUCUCCCGGACUCCACGACCGCCAUCCCCCUCCUCUCCCCCCCCUCCUCCUCCACCUCCUCAAGUCGCGUCGUCGUCGCCGUCGCCGCCGCCGCCGGCCGCCCCCCGCGCGGAGCGCCGCUCCCCGCGUUGCCGCCUCUCCUGCGUGCUGCUCGGGGCGCCGGGCUUCUCCGUGCUCCCGUCCAGGCCCAGCUUCCUGCCCGGCAGGGCCGCCCCCGGCGGCCGCGCCGGGGAGGCCCCGGCGGCCGACCGGGCGUCGGCCGCCUCGCUCCCCGGGGAGGGCGGCGCGGCUCGGUCGGCGAGCGGGAACGCCGACGCGGCGAUGGAUCUGACCGACGGGGACGCGGCUUUGCCGUCGACGGACGGCAGCGCUUCGGAGGCAGCGGAUUGGGCCAACGGGGAGGCGUCCUCGCCGUCGACGGGCGGGAACGCCGCGGGGGCGAAGGAUUCGGCUUUGACGUUGGCCAAUGGCACAGCCGUCGGGACCAUGGGCUUGGCCAAUGAGGCGGCAGCUUUGUCGCUGACCAACGGGAGCGCGGCGUCGGCGGCACGAUCGACCAAUGGCGGCGUGGCGGGUGGCGCCAGGGUGGCGUCGGCACGGUUACGGCCGUUGUCAAGAAGUACUCCUGUGGGCCUGGACCACGUUGGGGGAAGGGGCGUGGGCAGUAAGGGAGUUCUGGCUGACAGCUCUCCCACCCACCACGACCACCACCAUGACGACGACGAUGAUGAUGACGAUGAAGAUGACGAUGAUGACGACGAGGAGGAGGAGGAGUUGGAUGCGAUCGCGGCCGUGCGGAGUGGGGGGCACGCAGCGCGGGGGCCCCCCUUCCACUUCAGUGUCCCAGGCGCGGGAGGAGGGGAGCAGAUGGUGGUGAGCAAGCUGUUGGCGGAGGGUGUGGCGGUGCGUGCCGAGUCGCUGUGGGACCGUGUGUCGCUGCGCCACGAUGAGUUGGCGCUCUCCGCCGGAGAGGAGGUGGAGGUGCUGGAGGCGCCCGGCGUGGGAGGAGGCGGUGGUGGCGGUGCGGUGGGGGGCGGCUGGUGGUGGUGGUGGUGCCGGGCGCGCGACGGCCGCCUUGGCUGGGUGCCGGCGGCCUUCCUGCGGCUCCGCGUGAACCAAGAGGAGGAGGAGGGGGAGGGGCCGGCACCUCCCCUUGGACCGCCGCCACCGCCGCUGCCGGGCGCCGCGAGCGGAGCGUCGGCAGCCUCCCCGCAUCUCCCCCCCACCUCCUCCUCCACCUCCUCUGCCUCCGCCUCGUCCUCGUCGACGCCGCACGCCGACGAGAUGAGGUCGAGGGUGGUGCGUGAGAUCUUCGACACGGAGAAGCACUACCUCGCUCAGCUGGGCGACAUCUGUGAGGGCUACCUGCUGCAGUGCCGCCGCCGGCCGGACUUGUUCACCGCGGAGCAGCUGGGCCUCAUCUUCGGCAACGUGGAGCAGAUCGUCGCCUUCCAGGCGCGCUUCCUCGGCGCGCUCCGGCGACGCUUCGUGGCGACCUCGCCGCACAACACCUGCGUCGGCGCCGUCUUCCUGCAGCACCGAGAGGGAUUCCGCGUCUACUCCGCGUACUGCAACAACCACCCGCGGGCGUGCGCCGAGUUGGCGAGACUCGCCCAGCUGGGCCGCUACGGCCACUUCUUCGAGGCGUGCCGCCUGCUGCGUGGGAUGAUCCACAUCGCCCUGGGCGGCUUCCUGCUGGCGCCCGUGCAGAAGAUCUGCAAGUACCCCCUGCAGCUCGCUGAGCUGCUCAAGUACACGCCGCCGGAGCACGGCGACUUUGUGAGCGUGGCCGCCGCGCUGGAGGCCAUGAGGGGCGUCGCGCUCCUCAUCAACGAGCGCAAGCGGCGCUUGGAGAGCAUCGAGCACAUCGCUGGCUGGCAGAGGGGCAUCGUUGAGUGGCAGGGCACGGACGUGCUGGAGCGGAGCUCGUUGCUGAUCCACUCCGGGGAGUUGGUGAUGCAGUCCGCAUCCCGGCCCAGGCCCCAGCUCCGCGUUUUCUUUCUCUUCGACCACCAGCUCGUGUACUGCAAGAAGGACUUGCUGAGGAAGGACAUGCUGCACUACCGCGGACGCUUUCCCACCGACGGACUCGCGGUGGAGGACGUCCCGGACGGCAAGAGCGAGGAGCUCCAGGUGUGUGUGCGACACGCCCUGCGUAUUUCGGCUGGCGCCCUCUCCGAGCCGCUGCUGCUGAGCGCCCGCAAGGAGAGCGACAAGGCCCAGUGGCUGGUCGCCUUCGAGCGCGAGACCAGCGCCGUGGCAGACGGAGACAAGGAACUGGGGUUCGUGCUGACCGACGCGCAGAGAGCCCAGGCGAUGGAGGACGCGCUGAAGACGGUGCAGAGGAGCAAGCCCAGAGGACUGACGCACUCGCAGUCCGUCCGCCACCGCCGCUGUGCCGCCCGCAGCGCCGCGCCGCCCGCACCUUCGGCGGCCUCCUCCUCAUCAUCCUCCUCAUCCUCCUCCUCAUCCUCCGCCACGUCCACGGUCGCCCCCUCUCCCGCCGCGCCCCUCAAGCGCAAACCCUCGGCAUUCUGGGCCAACCUCGGCAGGUUGGCGCCCUUCCGAAAGUGACCGCCGACUUUCGACGACGGCGACCGGGCCGCGGCGACGGGAACGUGGAAUUUCCAUCGGCCGCCGUGCCCGAGCGCGAGGGGGAGCGUCCGCACUUCGAACCGCGGAGCGAGCGGCGAUAUCGCCCCGCGCCACGGGAACGCCGCCGCCGCCGCCGCCGCCACGGCGAGUUGACGGUGCAGAGCUGUCGUUGAGAGGCGCUGAGUUGGAGCUGACAGCACGCGGUGCUGAGUUGGUGUGGACAGCACGCGGUGUGGAGUUGGUACAGACAGCACACGGUGCGGAGUUGUCGGGCAACCGCAUUCAUCUCUCUCCUCACCUCUCACCAACUCCCCCCUCUCCCCCUCUCCCCCUCUCCCCCUC